AUGAAUAUAAGAUCUAAUUCAUCUGUAUGCACUAAUGAAAAUGACAAUACCCAUGAUCAAGAUUCAUUUCAAUAUAUUAUCAACAAAAAUUUACCUUUGGAAGACGAAGAUUCUCUUCAAAGAUUUGAAGAUAAACUUGUAGACCAAGGCUUUAGGACUCAAAUGGUUAAUGAACUUAGUCGAAUUGUCCGUAAUACUCUUCCAAGCACCAUAAGAUCAAUGAUGCGUUAUCUUUUUAAAUAUGGUUUUUUACAAACAUACCGCUAUAAAGGGCAAAAGAAGAAGAAAAUAUUUUCAACAUUAACAACGUUUUCCAUUAUAUUUGAUUCUGUGAAAAAAAUGAAGAGAUACCAGAAGUAUGAUAAAAUCGAUGUAGAACAACCAAUCAAAAUUGUCAUUGCUGGUGCUAAGUUUAGAAGAAACAAGCCUUGUCAAGAACAAUCAUCAGAUAUUUAAUAAUUUAUGAUUUAAUAAAAUAAAACUGAAUUAUAACA